UAUUUCUUGACCGCCAUGGCCACGGUCAACACUCCAGCUGCACCAGACUCUCCACGCUCUUCCCAAUCGCCACCACCAACAGGAGUACAGGGUGACCUGGAGCUGGAACUGAUGGGACUCGCACAUGCCCUCUAUAACCUUGGCACUACGGUUAUCCACGACUCGACAAAGGAUCGCGACAAGCCGGGAGGUGGCAAACAAGUCGGACUGCGUGUGAAUGAAGUCAUUGGGCAUCUUUCCACCAUAGAAGAGAUGGCGCAAGGCAUUCGCACUAUGAUUCCGAUUCAAGUACUCAUGGACAUCGACAACGCUCGUAAUCCCAUGCAACUCACACGUGAACGACUCGAGCGCGCAGCCACAGAAAACCAAUUCAUAAACGGAAAAAUAGUCGCCAUUGACACGUAUCGAAACUACCUGAAUAACGCCAUCGCACAAUGCUUUCCCGAACUCGAGCAGGUGUUGGAUAGUGAACCGACACCUACUCAUCCUCCAACAAUGCCUUCCGAGACGCCCCAGCGCUGA